AUGGCCAUGUUGCAAGCGCUGACAAAGAGCAUGACACAACUUCAGGAUAUGCAGGCGCGCUCCUUGCAGAAAGGGCUGGAGGAGGACUCACCGGAGGCUGUUAAGUCAUCGGUCACAGUUCUUCCCCUGCUACAAGCUCCCGAGGGUCAAUCCACCGGGAUAGUCUUGCAGGACUGGAUUGCACAAGUGACUGUCGCAAUGCAGGAUCUUUCUCCGUCUUCGGGGUCAUGGUGGUCUAAGGUGAUGGCUUUGGUGCAGACCACAUAUUCUGCAUGGCUCGGGCGCACGCCUCUAGAGCGGUUACAGCUGCAACCUACGAACAGUGGCUCUUUGGCUGAAGGCAGAUGGACCCGGGUGAACGCCCGAGCGUGUUCGAUGCUACUCCAGAGCUUGAGUGAAGCGGUAAGGCAAGAUCUCAUUGCCAGACGUGUUGUCCAGAACGCCGUCCUCAUUAUGUUUCGACUUCACACGACCUAUCAACCUGGAGGUGCCUCGGAAAAGACGCUGGUGCUACAGAAUUUGCAGACCCCAGCCUCGUGUGAAACGCUGGAAGAAGUGCUAACAUGGUUGCGGAGUUGGCCAAGAUGGAUCCAGAGAUGUCAGGACUUGAACAUGCUUUGUCCAGAUGGAACGGUGUUGGCCAAGACGUUGACGUCAGCUACUUCCCGAUUCAUUGUUGAGGGCGGGGAUGCGCAGUUCCGUACGCAGUUGCUUCGGUCGACUUUGCGAAUAGACGGGCAACCCAGUCUAGAUGACGUCAGGAGGAACCUCAUCGCCUACGGGAGCCGGCUCAGCUACCACAACGACUGCUACCAAGCCCAGAGGAUCUACAGCUACCCAGCCUACAACAUCCCCAACAGCUCCCUCUUCGUCCUCUACUACAACCUCUCCAAAGGUGAACAGGGUGGAGCCGGAGAGCCAGUGUGGACCUUGGAGUCGCUACUUCAAGCUGCUUCAAAGAUUGCUGGAGCAGGAAACCAAGGCCCAGGACCGUCAAUCAAUGUUGUUACCCUGAAGCAACAGUGUGCCCUGAGCAGUUCUGAUGGCGACGGGCAGGUGUUUGCUUUGGUUGAUUCAGGUGCUACCCACGCGCUGAGAAGGGCGAAAUCUGAGUCUGAGUGGCAGGAUGCAAGCCCGGUGACGGUGAACCUAGCAGGGGGUCAGUCGAUCUUCUUGAAGAUGAAUAAGGCCGGCACUAUCCUGGUCCCAAUCACGUCCUCUACUACCUUCACGUCUACGGCGCCCAUAGUUCCCCUUGGUGCGUUAGUUGGACAGCUGGGAUACACAAUGACCUGGAGCAGUAACAAGUGUCGUCUGGAAGGGCGGAACGGUGAGAGCUUCAACCUUAGAGUUCGUGAAGGGUGCCCAGAGAUCACUGAAAGAGAUGCCCUAAAGCUGAUCGCCCGCCUGGAGGACGACAAUCUGGAAGUCCUCAAGAACCGCACCAAGGAAACCCGCCAGCGGGUUCGAGCAGCGGCUUUGGCAAUGGAGCGGACGUGGUUCGAUCAUCUCUUGUCGUAUGUGGACGGAGAGCUAUCAAGUGAAGCACUCAAGGCGGUGGAAACAGCGCCUUUCCUUCAGGAUGUUCCUCGACAGUGUGUGGCAGGUUUGGCGGAGGCAAUCCCGGAAUCCAAUGGUUAUGGGCAUCCAAGAAAUGGCUGGUGCACCUUUUUUCGGGAGAUCGAGAUAGGCCCGAAUUCCGCCACCUUGAAGGGCAUGGUUAUGCAGACUCCGCUGUGGUCCGAGUACGCCCUCGAGGCUGGCCUUGAGUCGUACAACUUCGAUAUGGCAGCUCUGGGAAAAUACUUUACGCGCCAUACCACGCUGGGUACUAAUCUACCUCUUCGGCAUUUGGAUGGCUUGAGAAUGAGAUACCGUACUGAUGGCCCGGUUUCUACAAAGGCUCCUCCUGCAGUAUGGCCUCCAAAGUUUGUGGAACAUGUUGUGAUCGCCUUGAGAAAUUGGGGCAAGGCCGGGGGAACCGGCAGACGCCACUCGAGGGUGGAGCAUCCGUCCGCCUUUGUGCUCUCAGCUGACCUUUCUGGUCCUGUCAAGGUGGGCGGAGUAGAUCCAGACGGCAGGGGCGCAUGGGUCGACUACGAUGAAGGUGAGAUCAAGGCGGAGGAGUACGACGACAAGGACGAUGGGUUAGCAUCGGAGGGAAAGGGGCCGUCUGGAGAAGAAGUUAGAGAUGUAGUUGGACAAGUCGAUGAAGAAGAUGAUGAUCCAGACCAACCCCUAAGAGCAAAGGUUGGUCCAGAUGAUGAUUUGGAUCUUGCUGCCCCGGAGCUUGUGAACUUGAUUUUCUCAACGGGGAUCCGUGAUGAUAAGGCAGUGACGGUGUUGGAGGCGGUGCAAGACGUUGUGCUUUACUGCCAAUCCCUCAACAUCCCGAUUCUUCGCUUCCACACGGAUCGGGGUAUGGAGUUUCAGGCAAGAGGCACGAAGCAAUGGCUGAAAAGCCAGGGCAUCCGUGUUACGACUUCGGAAGCGGGCGUGCAUCAAACCAACGGGGCGGCAGAGUCCACAGUUCGGUGGAUAAAGCAAAGGGCAAGAACACUACUCCUAUCUGCCGGACUACCACAACACCUAUGGCCUACAGCAGUGGCUACGGCCGCCACCAUCCAAAGGUCGGACGUUCUGGGCUUUGAGCCAAUGCUUGCGGCGCCGUACGGCUCCAAAGUGAUGGUGCGCAAAAGACAGCUAGAGGGCCCUAAGUUGGACGAUUUGGCGCCAAAAUGGGUGCAAGGUGUCUAUGUGGGUCGCUCAGAAAGCCUCAGUAAAGGCCAUUUGGUUUUCAUUUCGAAUGAUGAGGGUGAGAAGUUUGUCCAUACUCUACAUGUGCGAGCCGGCCUUCGGGAUCCAGGCCCCGUUGAGGAAGGGUUCCAUGUUGAAGAGCCAGGACCACCAGAACGUAGAGUACGAGGCAAGUCAGCUGGAUCUGGAGAUGUGGUUGGGGUUUCGAAGGUGACGAUCUUUGAGGAUGAAGGGCUCCAAAAGUGGGCUGAGGCGAUCCUUGAGGAGUGGUCGCAGGAGGAGGCCGAGGCCAUUGUCAUCCAGGCCGGCAAGAAUUUAGCUGCCACGGAGAACAACUACGGCAUGUUUAGGUUUGGUGGCCGAGUAGGUGUUACAAAGGCAACGAUUGAGAGACCGUGGUUGGCAAAAAUAGCCCUUCGUUUGCUGAGGGAAAAGGCACCCGACGCCGAGUUUGCCGCCAUCUUCAUUUCGGUCAACAACGAAAGGGAGGUUCAUGUUGAUCGGAACAAUGCCAUGGGCACCUUGAACUAUAUCCUUCCGGUUGUUAUGCCUAGGCGGGGUGGUGAGAUUUGGCAAGAACUUCGCGAUGGAGAUGUGGUGUCUGGUAGAAUACUUGAGCUCCAAUCCCAAGAUGGUCGAGUCAGAUAUGGUUGCGCAUACCCCUUACAAGAAGGUCGAGUGUUUCAUCUAAAUCCUCACAGGCGUUACGCUGUUCUUCCAUGGAAGGGAGAGCGCUUGGUGGUGGUUGGUUACACACCUGGGGUUUUGCAAAAUCUCAACAGCCAAGAUAGAGAGCUGCUAUGGGACCUAGGGUUUCCUUUGCAACUGGUUGAGGAGGAGCCUAAGUCGGAGAUCUAUAUCAACAUGAUCAAGGUCCUUAGCGCUUUUGAGAAUAAGGCUGAGAUCUUGGACUUGUCCCAGGAGGAGAUAGCAGAAUUUGCUGAGGAAGCAGCUACUCAAGUUCUACCCGAGCGUGAUCCUGAAGUUCCUUCUCCGUGUGAUCAAGGACAGCAGAGCUGCAGUAGUUCCCCGGAAGUUCAAUGUGAAGAAUGGUGUUAUGGAGAUUUGUGUUUGGUGUUGGAAGGCGGGUGUGAUGAUGUGGCUCAUGUUGUACCUUUGGCAAGUGAAGAUGUGUUCAUUGCAAAGGCGGAGGUCGGGUUCACUGAGAAUGUAGAGUUGCUCCUUGAGUCCCUCGAGAGCCCGCUCAGCAUUGUUCAUACAGUCGAUCCUCGGGAGGUAGCUCGCUUCUUUGAGCGUUGGAUUCCGUCCAUGGGCAAAGAGGUUCAGACUUUGGAGCAUGCUGUGGAGCGAGUUGAUGGGGCAGAUCCUGAAGUUCGAGCGGAUAUUGAGUCUGGACGUGGACAGGUGCUGCCAAUGAAAGUAGUCUACACAGUGAAGCCACCGGACCCUCCUGCUGAUGGAGAGGCCCCCAGUGUUUGGUACAAAAGGAAGUCAAGGAUCGUGGUGUGUGGCAAUUUCGCCUCACACCAACCCGGCGAGGUGUAUACCAAUACAGCGCCAGCUGAAAUCGUUCGAGCUGCAAUAGCCUUGGCUCGCUUCUUCAACUGGGAUCUGGGAAUGAUAGAUGUGGUUGCGGCCUUUUUGCAGACACCCCUGAGGGCUUUGAAGGGGGCACCCUUAGUCUAUGGCAUCCCGCCAAAGGCGCUUAUCAAAGCGGGCUUGUGUCGUCCCGGAGAAUUUUGGAGGCUAACACAUGCAGUCUACGGGCUGCAGGAGUCGCCCAAACUUUGGGGUUCGUACCGAGAUAUCCGCUUGGCUCAGGUGCAGCUGGUUUUUGAGGGGAAGCGAGUGACGCUAAUGCAAGGGACUGUCGAGCCUUCGUGGUGGUCGGUGCUUCAGGAGGGAUCCAUUUUGAUCGGCAUCAUUGUGGUGUAUGUUGAUGAUUUGCUGAUUUGUGGACACACGGCCAUAAUCAAGGAGCUGGCUCGCGCUAUUAGAGCAAUCUGGAAGACCAGUGAUUUGCAGCUGGUCCUUUGA